AUGAGACUUCUAUCGACAAAGACAACAAAACUCGAGGUCUUUGAUCUCGAAAAUGCUCCACCUUACGCAACGCUAUCUCAUCUUUGGGAGCAUGAUGAGGUUCUAUUCCAAGAUAUGGAAGACUUGUCCAGAGCGGCUCGGAGAGGUGGCUUCCUAAAGAUACAAUUGGCAUGUGCUGCGGCUGAAAGACAAGGGCUCGGGCACAUCUGGAUCGAUACCUGCUGCGUAGACAAGGAAAGCGAAGCUGAGCGGAACGAAGCAGUCGAGUCCAGCUUUCGCAUCUUCAAAUCGGCGGCAGUAUGCAUUGCCUACCUGUCUGACGUUAGAUCAGAGAGUACCAUGCUGGCUGAGUAUACUUCUGUAGCUGACUUUCAUCCGGACAACAACCUGGAGGGCAAAUUUCGACAUGCAUUCAAACGUAGUAGAUGGUUUACGCGGUCCUGGACACUGCCGGAACUUAUUGCUCCACCGCAGCUUGUAUUCUAUUCCCAUGGAUGGGAACUUAUCGGCACACGGUCGCAGCUCCGGGCGCAUCUGUUCGAUAUUACUGGUGUUGAUCCUUUCGUUCUCCAAGGUGGUGAUCUCGCAAAGGUAUCUGUGGCCCGGAAGAUGUUCUGGGCCACAAGCCGCAACGCAUAUCGACUCGAGGACAUUGCAUACUCUCUGGCAGGAUUAUUCGGCGUCGAGAUGAUUCCAAUCUAUGGCGAGGGCAACGUAAGAGCAUUCUUACGUUUGCAGGAACACAUUGCGAAGACCGUCCCAGACCCCACGCUUUUUGCCUGGAGAGAAGAUUGGUUUCGUAAGAGUCCGAAGUGGAAGAAUUUCCAAGAUCUUGUCGACUCAGCCGACCUCUGGGCCUUCUUAGCAACCAGUCCAAGUGCCUUUAGCCACUGUGGAAGCAUGUUUCCCGCCAUGGCGACUAUUGACGACAUGAAGCCACACCACAGAGACUUCGACAAUGAUGACGACUCGACGUGGGAAACUAGCUCUGUGGCAUCCUUUCAAUCGUCAGCAACCACUUUGAUUGAGGGUUCGACUUCAACACCGGUCACAUCGGGCUUAGGCAACGCGAUAUCAUUCUUGUCCGAAAAUGAUUACUUAUAUCCGCUCUACAAAUUGGCCCUCCAGACGCCUGGGGUAGGUCCUGAUAGGCUGCGGAGAAACCUGACCCGCAUGCUGCGAUCUUUGGGUCUGGAAUUAGCAAUAGAAGCGACGUCCAAGGAAGAAGCUCUGUCCUCAGUGUUUUUCCGUGUCUACCGGCUGGCAAUCGCGUCAGGAGUCACUUCGAGAAUCGCCGAAAAGAGCCUCGAGCCCAUCGCCCUUGACCAGCCGAGAACUAAAGCGCCGGAAACUAUUUCAGGCACUUUAUCUGAGGAUACUCUCCCAGAUGAAGUCGCGCAGGUCGAGCAGAAAGACGACGACCUGGAUCAUGAAGAAGAUGAGGAUAUCCCCGAGGAGAAAGAGAAGGAGGAACAAACAAAUGAGUUGAAUUUUGAGUCUAUCCGGGCCUUCGUUCUCUCUAGCGGGGCAUUCGAGAACAUGAAGAGAAGACUUACCGACUUCGUCAACCCCACCUUCCGCACUCAGGCCCAGAAGCUCGUUGCGAAGGUCCUCGAAGGCAAGAACACAUUGGAUGACCAGUAUUGGGUUGGCAUGAAGGACAAGAUGCAAGCCAUCCUGACAGAGCUAGAAGAGUCGUGUCCCCAAAGCGUUGUGCUGGACAUCGCAACCACUCCUAAGAGGCUCGAUUCAUUCCAAAUAUGGGUGGAAACUUUGACAAAGGAAGCUUGGGACUGGUGGCCUAUGUCGCCUCCCAAGCAUGCUUUGAGCCCGACUGAGGCGCGACUUGGAUGGCGCUGUUUCGAAAAGUUCUGCCGCGACGGCUUCGCCCAUCGCGGCCUUGAAGUUCCAAACACAUCCCAAAAGGACUACUACUACAACCCGCGUCCCGCCCUUCGCGAACCCCCGGUCUCUCCCGAAGAAUUCAGCCACGUCUUCCACUACACGGCCAAGAGCGAGGCCGUCAUCUGGAGAUCGCUCGGCCUGCCGUUCUAUGAUACCGUGGAGGCGCUGAGCGACGAUACUGUCGGCUGCAUACCGCAGCGGUACCACUACCUCGACGAGCGGAGUAAUCGCAAAGAAGACUUUUGGGGCCUGUAUAUCCGGGAACGGCGGUCUGCGCUGAUGACGUCGGUGUAUAUCCUGCUAUGCCUUUCGCCUUUUUUUGCGUUUUGCUUUUUGUACUUGUUUGGAGUUAUCUCGGGAGAUAUACAGAACGCUACAACACCGCUUGCGUUGGCGUUGACGGCUCUUGGGUUGUUUUUGGGGUCUAUGAUUAAAUCUUAG